CCGAGCCUUUCAUCAGGAAGAACCAUCAAAACCAGAAAGCAACAUUGGCAGCCAACCCGCUGUACGUCCGGAGCGCCGAAGCACAUAGUUAUGGAUUCAAUAUGGCUGACGACACACGUAAAGUUCGUGUCGAAGAGCAACUGAAGAUCAAAAUAGGGGAAGCAAAAAGUCUCGUGGGACGCAGCAGCAAUAGUGGUACCACGUCAUCGAAAGAAAACCGAGAUGUGUACUGCACGAUCGCGCUCGACCAGGAGGAAAUUUGCCGGACGCCCACCAUCGAGCGUACGCUUUCGCCCUUCUUUGGCGAGGAGUACCAGUUCGAAAUACCGCGCCCCUUUCGGUACCUUUCGGUGUACGUGUGGGACCGCGAUCGGCACUUGAAGCAGGACAAACCGUACGGCAAAAUAGCGAUCCGGCGCGAAGAUCUGCACCAGUACAACCAUAAGGAUCACUGGUUCCCGUUGCGUCCCGUCGAUGAGGACUCGGAGGUGCAGGGUAUGGCCCACCUGCUUAUCAACAUUGAUGACGGCGUGGGCAACCUGAAACAGCAUACUGGGGAGUUCGAGGACUAUCGGUAUCUGACACAGCCGACAACACUGUCGUGGUUGCAUCAGCAGCAACAGCAACAGCAGCUUCUUCACCAAAAUCAUCUAAACCAGCACAACCUACACCAUCAUCAUCUGAACGUGCACAGCACAUCGGGGGCCAGCGUUGGUGGUAUAUUGGUGGGCAGCGAGUCUAAGGAGAACAGUGGCAUCCUCCCAUACCCGACCGCCCACUCGCCAAACCCAGCGUCCAACAAUGCGUUGAUGUCAGUUCAGCUAAAUAGUUCUGUCGCUAGUACAAAUCUAAAGUUAUUUUACCCAACAAAGGGUAGCAACGCGCACACACUCCUCGGCGGGUCUGUGGAAGGUGGCGGUGGUGGGCCAGGUAAUCAGAUGACGCCGCUUUUGAAACUUCUCGAUUCCAGCCACACAUCGCCCUUGCUGCUGUCACUGUAUGCGAAUGAAUCGGGCAAUGGAGAUAUCGUGCACGGGCACGUGUCCGGCGGUAUGUUGGUCAGCGGCAGUGUCAGCAGUCGGAUCACGAUCAAGCUAACGGAGUGUUUGGAUUUGGCACGCAAAAACGGUCUCUGUGAUCCGUACGCGAUCGUAGUGGCGCACUACUCGACCAAAAAAACCAUCACAAAGCGCACAAAGGUGCGCAAAAAGACCAUCAACCCGUCGUUCGACGAAACGUUCAGCUUUGAUCUGUGUAUCGAUGGUUACGGGAGUGACUCCUCGAAAAGUGACAGUAACAACAUGUACACGGUAAUGCCGCUCGGUGGUGCGGAUCUUUGUGAAGUCGUCAUUAGCUUCAAGCACGCCAGCCCGGGCAUGGGAGACGACGUAUUUUUGGGCGAGAUUCGCAUACCGGUUCGGGGGAAACAGCAGCAGAAUGCGGUGCAACCGAGCGCCUGGUACUUUUUGCAGCCGCGCACCAGCCAAUCACGACCGAUGCGCACCUGUGCAACGCCACCCGGUACCCGGCUGUCCUGCGACAAUUCGCUCGGCUCGUUACGGCUGAAGCUGAACUACACGUCCGACCAUGUGUUUCCUUUGGCGACCUACGACCAGCUGUACAACGUCCUAAUUCAAUCGAUUGAUCAGAAACCGAUCACGGCCAGUGCGGUACAUAUUCUUGGUGAGAUCAGUCAGAACAAAACGGAGGUAGCGCAACCGCUGGUACGUUUGUUCACCCACACCAACGUGAUCGCGCCGAUGAUAAAAGCGUUGGCUGAUCAUGAAAUUUCGAAGCUCACCGAUCCGACGACAAUCUUUCGCGGCAAUACGUUAGUGUCAAAGAUGAUGGACGAAGCGAUGCGGCUGUCCGGUUUGCACUAUCUGCACGCGACAUUACGCCCGAUCGUGGAGGAAAUCUUUGCCGAAAAGAAACCGUGCGAAAUUGAUCCGUCCCGGGUGAAAGAUGUUAGUGCCAUCGAGGGCAACCUGCACAAUCUGCAGGACUACGUCGGGAAGGUGUUCGAAGCGAUCACGAAAAGUGCGGUCAAGUGUCCAGCGAUACUGUGCGAAAUAUUUCACAAUCUGCGCGAAUGUGCCGCCAAGUACUUCCCGCAGAACAAGGAGGUACGCUAUUCCGUAGUGUCGGGGUUCAUCUUUUUGCGGUUCUUUGCGCCAGCAAUUCUAGGACCAAAACUGUUCGAUCUGACAACCGAACCAGUGGACGAACAGACGACGCGCACCCUAACGCUGAUCUCCAAAACAAUCCAAUCGAUGGGUAACCUGGUCAGUUCGCGAUCGGCGCAGCAACCGUGCAAAGAAAAGUACACCGAGCAGCUGUAUAAAAAGUUUUGUACGGAGCAGCACGUCGAAGCGAUUAAGCACUUCCUAGAGGUGAUUUCUACCGUUGGCGCUACCAACACUGGCGAUGGGCAAUCGAGCAUACUAGAACCUGUGGUGCUGAAAGAAGGAGAAUGGAUGAUGACGAAACGCGCCCAAGGACGAAAACGGUUUGGCAGGCGGAACUUCAAGCAGCGCUACUUCCGGCUGACGACACAAUCGCUUAGUUACGCAAAGGCCAAGGGAAAACGACCCAUCUGUGAUAUACCGCUAGCUGAUAUACUGGCUGUCGAACGGCUCAAUGAAAGGAGCUUCAAGAUGCAAAAUAUUUUUCAGAUAAUUAAAAAAGAUCAACGACCCCUCUAUGUACAAACAGCAAACUGCGUGGAGGAGAAAGAGUGGAUUGAUCUGCUGAGUAAGAUCUGUCAAAGCAACAAAGCCCGACUUGUUAAUUUCCAUCCUCGAGCGUAUAUUAACAGUGCAUGGACAUGUUGCAAUGAAAGUGACCAAUAUGCGGCAGGUUGUACGCCCGUAUCAUCUUCUAGCCCGAUCCAAAUGGAGCUCGCGACCGCCCUUGAUCCGGCGCGCGAUCUACAGCGACUGCAUUCGCUAAUCAUUGCCAACAUUAACAGUUUGGAGGUGUUGGAUCCGACCACGGCCUACGAAGAUCCAAUGGCAGCGCGGAAAACGAUCAAAAAGCUGAACGAAAUUGCCACCACACUGGAACAGAUACACCGAAAGUACAAGUCGAUGUUGGCGCGUGACCUGAAGUACGGUAGCCGGCAGGCACCAAUCGGCGAUGAUAACUAUCUACACAUGCCAAGGUCCGGUUUUACGGCAGUUAUGGCGGCAGCAAGUGCAGCAGCUACUACCGGAAGCGGUACCGUGAACGGGUCGCAAUCUGCCAAUUCGUCCUGCAUGUCCAACACCAACAGCAGUGCGGUAGGAAUCGCUAGCGCUGGUUGUACCACAACACAUGGCAACGGUGGUAUUGGUAGUGUAACUCCGAUCAGUGUCUCAACCCAGCACUAUCCCGAUGCCAACCUGGCGCACUUUUUCCCCCAUCGGAAUUUGCUAAUGCGCAGCGCAGACAGUGGUGAUCCCCUGACGCAAUGCUAGCGCUAUGGGCACACAACCGGACUGCGUUGUGGGCAAUGCACGCAUUCAACUGCGACGGUGGCGUGUUAGUCAACCGCCGCAGGGGACAAUCAUCAUAAACUCUACUUUCCAUUAGUUAUCACACAUACACACAAACACGCGCAGACACAUAUACUGUAUUUCGUAGUAUGGCAAAACAAAACCAUACGGCGAACGGUUUAAUUUAUUUAUUGUAUAGUACGAAGAAUUUAUUAAGUAUUGAUUUUUGUUUUUACGCGGCUGAUCGAAAGUUCGAGGAGGAACUUCUCUUGCCUUAAUUAUUGGUGAUCACUGUUUAUCUGCAAGAAUGAUAGGAACAAAGAUAGGUGUCAUCUAUUGCGCUACAAAGAGCAGCGAGAAAAAUGAAACGAUCAGCAUUAUGCAGCACCAAAAUUAUAGAGCAUUCGAGAGAGAAUUGUAAAUCAUAUGUCCGUUAUAAUUUUCUUGUUUUGUUUUACAAUUGCGACAGCUUAGUUUAGAAUGCGUUACAUUCUCUUCUCUCAGUAGUUGAUUUCGUUGUAAGAAAAAAAAAGGAUCGACACCUAAACCGGCUAUACACUUAACGAUUUGUAGCAUAUGUAAAGUUGGCAAUGUGUUUUUGGAACAUAAUUUCAGUUCCGCAUUAGGUUCCCUUCAUAGCUUUUAAUAUGAAUGUCGCCCCGAGCAAACGGAUGUUCUAUGUUUGAGAGACGAGCAGAAGGGAAAAAGAAAUGGGUUUGUUUGCAUUUUCAUUCGCUCAUAAUCUGUUAGCUACUGAUAAAUGUAUGUAUAGCUCUCUACACACAACAACCAUGCACACAUUCAACUGUGUCAAAGUAGUACACUCUUCCAGUCUGAUAAUCAUUCCACUGCGGGAAAGCUGUGCGGAAGGACGUACUUUUUUCGUUUUGUUAUUUAGGCAGACGUUGUGUAACUGAUUUGUAGAGUAACUUUUUUGAACUAACAAACAACAUGUCUCCUCAGAACAAACACACACACAUAUACAUUCUUCGCGGAUGCUGGUAACAAGAUUCUGCCUCAACUAUAUACAAAACGGUGUUUAAAAUAGGGUAACUCAUCAUCAGCCUAAUAAUACGUUACAGUACGAUACAUUAAUGAGCCUAAAAUCUGAUAAUUUAAUCUACACUGGUUGCGGACAAGUGCGUAUAUUGCGCAUCCGCACGGAUGCGGUUUUAUGUGCUUAUGCGUUGUAAUCUCAAAUUGUGGUUUACGC